AUGACUCACCGGCAAUUAGCUGAUGUUGGAGGUUACACUUAUGGUCCCGGACACCCCAUGAAGCCUCAUCGAGUGAGAAUCACUCACGACCUCGUUAGCGCAUAUGGAAUGCUGGAUAAAAUGCAUGUUCUGAGACCCAAACGCGCAACACCUGAAGCCAUGUCCGCCUUUCACACCGACGAAUACGUGAAUUUUCUCAAACGUGUAACGCCAGAGACGUCCCAGGAGCUUACCCAUGGAGGGCUGCUGUUUCUCGUCGGCGAGUUACCCGACAAUCCCGCAUUUGAAGGUCUUUUCGAAUACUGCUCUAUAUCUGCUGGAGGAUCUAUCGCUGCUGCCCAAAGAAUCACUUCCGGAGCCGCAGAUAUAGCGAUUAACUGGGCUGGAGGACUCCAUCACGCAAAAAAGGGCGAGGCGUCAGGUUUUUGCUUCGUGAAUGACAUUGUACUCUGCAUUCUGGAGCUCUUGCGAACCCAUCAACGUGUCUUAUAUAUAGACAUCGAUAUUCACCACGGAGACGGUGUGGAGGAAGCAUUUUACACCACCGACCGCGUUAUGUGUGCAAGCUUUCACAAAUUUGGCGAAUUCUUUCCGGGAACGGGGACGCAAAACGACUGUGGAAGAGGAAAGGGGAAGGGAUACUCAUUAAACGUGCCUUUAGACGAUGGGAUAACGGAUGAAGCGUAUCGAAGCGUCUUUGAACCCGUAAUGGCAAAGAUAAUGGAUGUAUUCCGACCAACCGCAAUUGUUCUACAAUGCGGCGCCGACUCUCUUUCAGGCGACAAGCUCGGCGGAUUCAACCUUUCUCUCCAUGGACACGCCGCUUGUGUCCAAUUCAUGCGCCGCUACAAUAUACCGCUUGUCUUACUUGGCGGUGGUGGCUAUACAGUAAAAAACGUCGCUCGCGCUUGGACAUACGAAACUGCUUGUGCGCUUCGUCUAGAACACGAAGUUAGCGAGGAUCUCCCUUGGUGUGAAUAUUUUGAAUGGUUCGGGCCGAGAUACCGGUUGGAGGUCGUACAGAGCAACAUGGAGGAUUUAAAUUUGCGGGAUGGGUCGUUAGAUCGUAUAAGGGAACGGGCAUUGGAACAACUGCAAGAGCUUGCGUCAAGAUGUGCGCCAAGUGUAGGCAUGCAUGAUGUUCCGACACAGACACUGGGCUCGCAUCUGGGCUUCAGCUUUACCUCUUCACGACGCGAUGAUGGGCUGGCGAGAGAUGAAUUGGACGAGAAACUGGCCCAACAUACUCGUUAUGCAUAUGAUCUCCAAAAUCAAGCUGCAAAUGGUUCAGACGACUCGGAAGAAUCGGAGCAGGAGUCUAAUCACUCUUCAGACGAGGCUGGGUCUGGUAUAAGCGGCAGGCGGCGAAAGCGGAUGAGCAUCAUGACCAAUCAGUAUGUGGAUGUGCCAAAGCUAAAUGAACACCUACCCGCCAGCAAGAGCACCAGAAGACAAUUUUUCCAAGUCUUCCCAACUCCAUGGGAUAUAGUACGACCGGCACCGGUCAGUGUGUUGGUCAGGGAGGAGGUCGUUCCUCUGGUUGCCGAAGUUGCCGCCGUGAUGACCAACGGUGGGCAAAAAACGGGGAGGGGAGCAACUCGGGCUGUGCGUGAAGCGAGAGAGCGGGCUCGAGAAAAGGAACUAGAAAGGGAGGAGGAGGAGGAGGAAAUGGAGGUGGACUCUGAUAUCGAGCCGGAUCGCCAGCCGCCAAGACGGCGAGGCUGGCGAGGGAGAGGUCGCGGGAGGGGUAGUAGAGCAAGGGGAAGGGCCAAGCCAGCAGCCCAAAGGCAACGAGAGGAUAGUGUGAACGGACGGGAGAUUGAUGUUGAUGGGGACCCUGACGAUAUGGAAGAAUACCCAGAGGGCGAUGGGUCAACACCGACACCUAAUUAUGACUCCUCCACUGGUAUAUAG